ACCAGGAUGUAGGGGGCGGGGCUGAGCAGCCCGUACCGGGAUGCCGGGGGCGACUCCGGCCCGGCAGGUGGCGGAGGAGGCUCCGCCUCCCGCGCAGGCGGCUCCGCCGAGCCCACGUAGCGCUGGCGCUGCCCGGCCCUGGAGGCGGUGAGGUGUUCCGGGGCGCUCCACUUGCCGCGCAGCCAUGAGCUUCAAUCGCACGGAGAGCGACUGGCAGGGGCUGGUGGGCGAGUAUCUCAUAUGUAAAAGAAAGCUAGAAAGUAAAAAAGAAGCAUUGCUGAUACUUUCCAAGGAACUAGACACAUGUCAACAGGAGAGAGACCAGUACAAGCUUAUGGCCAAUCAGCUGCGGGAACGUCACCAGUCACUGAAAAAGAAAUACCGGGAGCUGAUUGAUGGGGAUCCCUCUCUUCCUCCUGAAAAAAGGAAACAGGCUAAUCUUGCCCAACUAUUGAGUGAUUCUCGGGAUCGAAAUAAGCAUCUGGGAGAAGAAAUUAAACAACUUCAACAAAGACUGGGAGAAGUACAAGGAGACAACAAGCUCCUUAGAAUGACAAUAGCAAAACAAAGACUUGGAGAUGAAGAAGUUGGGGCGCGCCACUUUGCAGCACACGAGCGUGAAGACCUUGUUCAGCAGUUGGAGAAAGCACGAGAACAAAUUGAGACUCUGGAACAUGAUCUUCAAGCCGCGCUGGAUGAGCUGCAGGAUGUAAAGGAAGAACGCUCUUCUUAUCAAGAUAAAACAGACCGACUCAACCAAGAGCUUAAUCACAUCCUGGGAGGACAUGAAAAUCGCAUCAUUGAUGUAGAUGCCCUGUGUAUGGAAAACAGAUACCUUCAAGAGAGAUUAAAGCAACUUCAAGAGGAGGUCAACCUUCUUAAAUCUAAUAUUUCUAAGUACAAGAAUGCUCUAGAGAGACGGAAAAAUUCAAAGAUUCACAGUAGAUCCAGCAGCAGUGCACUGACUGGAGUCCUUUCUGCAAAGCAAGUCCAAGAGUUGUUAUCGGAGGACCAUGGUUGUAGCCUACCUGCCACGCCGCAGUCCAUUUCAGAUCUCAAAUCUUUGGCUACUGCCUUGCUGGAGACUAUCCAUGAGAAAAACAUGGUCAUACAACACCAAAGGCAAACCAACAAAAUUCUAGGUAAUCGGGUGGCAGAAUUAGAGAAGAAGCUGAGAACUUUGGAAAUUUCUGGUUUGUGGAGUCUUCCAGGUGGAAAAGAUACCAUAACAUUCAGUGACCCAACCCUGCCUGUUCUACAGAGGUCAAGAUCGCCAUUGCUAACAUUUGCUGACAAGCCACAACAGAAUCAAGCACAGAGGCAUGAAGCAAAACAGAAUGGAAAACAAGAUGAAAUUUAUGCUGUUUCAACAGAGUUGACAGUUCCAGAGGAAGCUGCUACGGUCUACGACAAUUCCCAAGCAAACAUAAAUAAUAGUAACCAAACUAAGCCUUUUCAUCCCUCAUUACCCAAGUUUCCUUCUGAGGAGGAAGAAAUAAACAGUCUUGGAAGUAAAAUAAUUAAAUUGACAGAAGAACAGGCAGCUGCAGAACUGGAAGGGAGCAGAACAGAAAGUCUACCGGAGGGCCGGAGUACAAUGGACCAAUCCGAACUUAGCAGCUCAUCCAAGGAAGAGUCCCCCUUAUCCAGCCCUGACCCAUUUGACCCUGUGGAGCCAUCAAACUCCAAGAAUGAGCAUGCAGCUGAAAAUUGGGUCCUGAAAGACCGUGAGGAAAUCUCAGAGAAUGAAUGUGAAAAUGUAAGUAAGAGAAAGGGUGGAAAUGGCAACACACUGGACGCUGAAGACACAGAAGGAUGUGGAGAACUAACUGUUUCAACCUCUGACUUAAGCAACAUCUCCAGUAAUCCCCCUGAACCUGAGUGUGACAAAUCAUCUGAUCCUUCUGAAUGCUCUGAAUAUUUGGAUAACAGCAUGGCUUGUGGUAUGAAAUCCAAGAUCUCAAGCUUCUCCCUUUCAUCCUCUUACAGUGGAAGCUGUACUGCCAUGAAUACGGAUAGUCACCAAAUUAAUCUGCCAUAGAAUUGGAUUUUUUACAUUGGUCUGUCAGCAUUUGUCCAUUAAAAAGAUGUUUUUCUAUUAACAUUGACUGUGCUUAACCAAAAUAAUGUAAAUAUAUAAAAUGGAUAGAACUUGAAAAUGAUGGGGGCCAGGGUUAAUGAUGGCUCUGGUGUUUACAGUGAUUGAAGUUUCUAGAGAGACUGACAUAAUUUAGAAAAAAUGGGGCCAGGAGACUCCCCAUUAUCCUUUAUCAUGUCAAGUCCUAGCUGGGUCUCCAUAGCAUGUAUGUUCUUGUCCAAUGCACAAUGCUUACUGGUGUGUAUUUUAGGGGUUUCAAAUGGCUAUUUUCAGCAGAUGAAAAUUUGAAAUGAUAAACUAAAAGAAUGUAAAGGUAACAGGCUUUUAUUUUUCCAAACUUGCAUUCUCUCUGUGCAUAUUGCUGUGAGUGCAUAUUUAGAAUAGCAGCAUUUGACCCCUACUCAAAAGCAAAAUGGUUUUGAAAAGUAGCCCCUGCACAUGCAGUUUCCAUCUCUUAAACCUCCAUAUCUCCUCUACAUUCCUCUGAAGUUUUCCUUCCUCCACUCGCCCCAAGAAAACACAGGGGACUUAUGUCACAAAGUAUUAAGGCCCCAUUCCAGCUGAAGCUCUUAAAGCUGCUCUAGUACAGGGAAAGUUCCCCGAGGAAGUAAAAAAUCAUCCUAGGGGGCAUAGCAGAGCUGCCCAGGGGGAGGAGAACUUGUGUGUACAUAGGCCAGCUUCCUAUUGUGUGCUGCUAGUGCCAAGUCAUGGGACUAUGUUCCUACCCUUGGGCUGGAGUCACCUGUG